AUGAUAGUGAUGAGUUUAGAAAAUUUGCCAUCUUUAUCGAAGCUUCAAGCUUUGAAGAAAUUGGACCUUGGAAGAACUUCAAUCAAGGAAAUCCCUCAAGGUUUGGAAAUGUUGGUAAAUCUUCGAUAUCUCAAUCUUGGAUUUACUGAUAAUUUAGAAGAAAUCCCUAGUGGAUUAUUGUUGAAAUUGUGUCGUCUUCAGUGUUUGGCAAUACAUCCAGCAUCAACAGGAGCGGAAGAGAUAAGGGAAUUGAACAAGUUGGAAGUUUUUGGAGGUUGCUUUAGUAACUUGGGUGACUUGAACACGUAUUCUAGUCAGAGAAAAGGACUUCGUAAAUACUUCAUUUGGGUGAGUCACCUGAGUUUUCAUGGUUUAAUGGAUCAUAGUAAAAUGGUUGGAUUUAAGGGUUGUGAUAUUAAUUCUGUAGAUGGAAUUAUACUUCCGUAUGAUAUUCAGAAAUUAGCAGUUGUUGAAUGCAAAGGUAUGAGAAGUUUAAACGAUAUUUGUGGAUUGAAAGAUGCAACUGAUUUGAAGGAAUGUACAUUUAACAAAUGUGAGGAGUUGGAGUCCAUUUUUUCAUCAGGUGGUCAACUUCAAACACUUGAGUCACUAUAUCUAAGUAGUUUGCACAAUUUGAAGGCUAUAAUUGGAGAGUCAUUAAUAGAGAUCAUUGUUGAGGAUUGUAAGGAAAUGGUGGAAAUAAUAGUAUCAGAGGAAGAAGGAAUGGGUACCAUCAAAUAUUCUCUUCCCAAAUUAAGGAUAUUGCAUUUGGAGAAUUUACCAGAAUUGAAGAGCAUUUGCAGUAAAAAUGGAUUAAUGGUUUGUGAUUCUCUCCAACACAUUCUUAUAUGGAAUUGUCCAAAGCUAAAGCGGAUUCCUCUGUAUCUUCCCCUGCUUGACAGCCUUGAUAAGGAAAAACCGUCUGCUCCUUCUCUCAAGGAAAUCCGCAUGUAUCCAAAAGAAUGGGGGGAAUCAGUGGAGUGGGACCAUCCCCAUUCAAAGACUGUCCUUGUACCCUUCCUCAAGUUCUGGGAUGACCACAACGACCAAUGGAAGCAAGCUGUUUGA